ACGGAGGGAGUACAUUUUUAAAUAGCUUCAACAGUAACCAGCGGAUCAUGAGCGGGUAAAGGCCAAGUUGCACAGAGAAGGAAAACGGGGAAAGAGGGUGUGACCCAGUCCCUUGCCCUUCAUUUGUGAUCCAAUGGAACAGGACGACCGGCUACGUCCCGAUCCCUACGGUAGGGCAUGGAUCAAAUCCUGACCCUCCAUCUCAGAUCAAGCGGCCCCGUGAAGUUGCAUUUAUGACGGCAAUAACACCGGCAGCCAGCUAUAGUUCCCACACUAGAAAAACCGUCCACUUGCAGACCCGGAAAAUAUCGGGACGUCCAACACGGCAAGGAACGUGAGCCACAAAUAAGAUCGAGCCCCACCCAACACCCCGACCCCCGCCGUCCACACACUCCCAAACGGAAAACCGCACGCUCCACAUUCUUUUCUCCACGGCCUACCGUAAAUUGAAUCGAACGAACGAAGACGCGGGCCCCAGCGAUGAGUGGUGGCGACGCACAGGAGCAGGACUACGCUUCGCCGCUAGGAGCCACUGGUCUCCAUCCAUCCAUCUGCAGCCGAGGGGAGGCCGAGGGGGCCUCUUUAAAUAUCCUCCACCCGACCUGCCUGCCGACUCCAAAGUCCGUCCGAACCCAUCCUCCUUCCGCCCGCAUCGCCACGCCGCGGUUUCCCGACCACCGCGCAGAGACCGGGUCUCCCGUCUCCCCCUCUGCAGCCCGCGGUCGCCGCCGGGCACCUUCCCGGAACGGUAGCUCCGGUGGGCUUGCUUUUGUAGGCGCGAGCGAUCCGCCCCUCGCAUCGAGGCUGCAGGCGGAGGUUGUUAAGAGGAUCGAGGAGAGGGAAUCGUUGUUGGUAAUGGCAGGCGACAGGUGCGCGGGCGCGAUCGCGGGGUGCGAGCUGUGCGGGCGCGUCGCGGCGGUGCACUGCGCGGCGGACUCGGCGUUCCUCUGCGUGCCAUGCGACGCCAAGGUGCACGGCGCCAACUUCCUCGCCUCCAGGCACCUGCGCCGCCGCCUCGUCCACGCGGCCGCGGGCGAGGGCGAGGACUCGGAGUCGGAGUCCAGCUCCUCCUGCGUGUCCACCGCCGACUCGUGCUCUGCGGCGGCCUCCGCGGCGGCGGGGAGGAGGAGGCCGGGGUGCAAGCACCGGCGCGCGCGGGCGGAGGCGGUCCUCGAAGGUUGGGCCAAGCGCAUGGGCCUCGCGCCGGGGACGGCGCGCCGGCGGGCGGCGAGGGCGGCCGGCGCGCUCCGGGCGCUGGGCCGUGGCGUCUCCGCCUCCCGCGUCCCGCUCCGCGUCGCGAUGGCCGCCGCGCUCUGGUCGGAGGUCGCCGGAUCCGGCUGCGGGGACGCCACUCUGCUCCGCCGGCUGGAGGCCAGCUCGCACGUGCCGGCGAGGCUGGUGGUCACGGUGGCUUCGUGGAUGGCGCGCACAGCGGCCCGGGCAGCCGCCCCCGCGCCCGCCGAGGAGGGCUGGGCCGAGUGCUCCUGAUCCACCGGCUCCGGCCCGGGCCCACCUCCCUCCCGUCCACCAGCCGAGCAAGGAAGGAAGGGAGCGAGCCUGAGAUAGAAAUUGCACGUAGAAUGUAACAUGUGAAGCAAAGUUCGUUUGUUUAAUUUUCCCCACCAUUAAUCUAAGCACGAUUAUACA